AUGGCAUCAACCUCUGCCUUCCCUCAGCGUUCAAGCAGCAAAUCAAGCUUCUUGGAAAAUGAAGAAAGAAAAUGGAUGAUGCACUGCACAGCCCCAAGCGACAUUGAUGUUAAGGAAGACACAUCACCUUACUCCCUGCUCACUGUAAGAAUCCUAAAGUUGAGAAAUGCUCAUCAGGCAGAUUUUUUAAGCCAAUCUGAUUGCUACGUGAGCCUCUGGUUGCCAACUGCUUCAGAUGAAAAAUUCCACACCAAAACCAUCAAAAACUGCAGAAAUCCGGUAUGGAAUGAAACUUUCUACUUCCGGAUACAGGGACAAGUCAAGAAUAUUCUGGAAAUUACUGUUUCUGAUGAUGACAUCGUUCAUGAUGAUGACCAUGCAAUUGUGCUUUUUGAUGUAGCUAAAGUGUUUACUACAUUCCCACUAAAUCCACAGAGGAAGGAGGAGCUGGAAGUUGAGUUUGCAUUGGAGAGCAUGUGCGGUCCUCCUGAAACCAUCAUCACAAAUGGAGCAAUAGUGUGUCGUGAAGUAGCCUGCUUGGAAGUUCAUUUGGACAGCAGGAUGAAAAAGAAGCAUUUUUCAGAAAAUGAGCUAACAUUUACAGUGAGAGGAUCCUUUGAAGAAACCCAGAGAGUUUCAGUGGGCUGUGACUCCUGCUCCCCUGUCCCAGAUCCCACUUUCUUCCACUUUGCCAAAUACAAGCAACCGUCCCUGGAUGUUGCACUCACAAAGAAGAGGAGGCUUCCCACCUUUUGUGCUUGCGUGUCAUGCGGAGCAAGAAGGCACAGAAGCAUCCCCCUGACUCUCCCUCUGAAGUCACUCCCCUCCGAGCUGGAAGUAGUCGGUGAGCACAGAAAAUUUGAUUUGCACAUUAAGGUGAAAAAAUGCCAGGAAGACCUAGACGUACGCCUGGGGUUUGACCUGUGUGCCCAGGAACGGGAUUUCAUUUGCAAGAGGAAGAAGGUGGUUGCAGCUGCUCUGAAGGACAUUCUCCAGCUGGAGGAGGACUUGCAGGAUGAUGAGGUACCUGUGGUGGCAAUCAUGACAACAGGUGGUGGAACCAGAGCUCUGACGGCCAUGUACGCUCACCUUCUCAGUGUGCAGGAGCUGAAUGUCUUGGACUGUGUCUCAUACAUCACUGGUUUAUCCGGCACAACAUGGACCAUGUCAAACUUGUAUGAAGAUCCUGACUGGUCCCAAAAGGAUCUUAAGGAAACACUCAAGGAUGCCCGAAAGCACGUGCUCAAAAAUAAGUUCUUUACUUGUUUUGCCCCUGAUCGGCUGAAAUACUAUUUGAAAGAGUUGUGCCAGAGGCAACAUGAAGGACAUCAGAUAUGUUUCACGGAUCUAUGGGGACUCAUCAUUGAAAACAUGUUACAUGAAAAGGAGGACUCCCAUAAGCUCACAGAUCAGCAGCAGGCACUAAAUCAGGGUCAGAACCCCCUGCCCAUCUACCUCUCUCUCAAUGUGAAGGAUAAAAUCAGCGACCAGGAUUUUAGAGAAUGGGUGGAAUUCACCCCUUACGAGGUAGGAUUCCCGAAGUAUGGCGCCUUCAUUCGUGCAGAAGAUUUUGGUAGUGAGUUCUUCAUGGGUCGCCUGAUGAAGAAAAUCCCAGAAUCCAGGAUCUGCUUUUUGGAAGGGAUCUGGAGCAGUGUAUUCUCCUUGAAUCUUAUGGAUGCUUGGUACAUAUCUGUUAAUUCAGAAGACUUCUGGCACAAAUGGACCCGAGACAAAAUUACUGACAUAGAUGAUGAAACCCCAUUCCCUGCAAGACCAAAUGAGCUGGAUACUCGAGUGGUGUGUCCCACUGACAGCUUUUCAGACAUUUUCCGAGAUGUUGCCAUGUUACGUCCAGCAGCUUCAGAAAUCCAUAACUUCCUGAAGGGCUUCCAGAUGAACAACAACUAUUUAGAGAGCAAGUUUUCCAAAUGGAAAGACUGUGAGCUUGACUCUCAGCCCAACCACCUGACAGCAGCAACAGACUACCUCAUCCUGAUUGAUACUGCAUUUGCCUUUGCUACCAGUUACCCACCCCUUAUGAGACCAGAAAGGAAAGUGGAUGUCAUUUUGCAUUUCAACUACAGUUCAGGUUCCCAGACAGGGCCCCUGAAAGAAGCCUCUAAAUACUUUGCAAACAUCCCUACAAAGGUGCCAGAUGAUCAGGAAACCCCACAGCUGAAGGAAUGCUACAUUCUUGGUGACAAGGAGAGCCCAGACACUCCUAUUGUGAUAUUUUUCCCUCUAGUAAAUGACACCUUCAGGGACUACAAAGCACCUGGUGUGAGACGUAGUCCCUCAGAGAUGGCAGAGGGUGAUGUUGAUGUUGCCAAUACCUGUGGGCCAUAUUACAUAAACAAUCUGAGUUAUUCGGAGGAAAAUUUUGACAAACUGGUGAACUUAAGUUACUACAACGUCCAGAACAAUAAAGAUUUGAUUCUUCAGGCCUUGCAUACCGCCGUGGCACGGAAAAAGCAGCGUAAAAAAGAGCAACCGCCACAAAAACCACACGAUGGGGAUGGUGUGUGUGUGCCUGAUAGAGAGGGAACCCAUCAUUUGGCUGACUGCCCAGCACUAGGGAAUAUGAAAUAA